UUACAAUACUGUUGUUGAAUUACUUAGUACAGUAAAAUUUUAAUAUAAAGUAUGUAUGAUUCAUGUUAAAUUGAUAAAUAAAAAGUUUAGACCUAAUAUUUAGAGAAAAUAGUAUGGAGGGCUGAUCUUGGAUUACGGAGAUCUGGAUUUAAAUUAUAUCUUUGAUACAUGCUGUAUGACCACAUUUAAUUGUCAGUGCCCUAGAAAAUUUUUAAAACUUAUAAGUUUAUAAUUACAUAUUAUUAGUUAAUCUGCAUUAAUGAAAGGAAUUUCUAUCAGGAGGUACCUCUACUGACACAACUAUAGAUAUGAACUCUAACUGCUUGCCUUCUCAAAUUAUUUCUACUUAUAUAGUUUUAUAUGAAAUAUGUCAAAUUUCCAUUAUUUCCACUUGAAAUUUCAAUAAGUAGUUCAUUUAGAUGUACAUAAUUUAUAAACUAAGAAAUCCAGUUUUUCAGAAGCAUGAUUCAUUUCUCUGUGCUAGUGAUGACAUUUGCAAAGUGGUAAAUCCAGUACUAAUACAUUUUAUUGGCAAAACAAAUAAACUUGACCUUUAUAAAUCCAAGGGAUUUAAGGCAGAAUUAUGAUUUUGUUAGAAAUAUAAUCUUCAAAUUUAAUUUGACUGAUGACAGAUUAAUGUUAAAAUACAGUUUUUAUGAGAACUAAAAGUAUGCUAUUGCACAUCAAAAUAGUUUAUCCAAUGGAUAUGGAUUAAGUAAUGUUAUAUUUUAAAAGUAGAUUUUUAAAAGAAUAAUUGUUUUAUGGAAUUAUCUGUAAGUAAUACGCAAUUAUUUUUGGGAAUAUUAAUAGCAAACUUUCUGAACCAGAUAAAAAUCCCUGGAAAUUGUUCCUUUUAGUGGAUAAAAGUUUUGAAAUUUAUUUUUCCAGUAAGUUUUUUAAAAAGCUAAAUAAUAAUUCAGUGAUUAUAUUUUAUCUUCUUCUAGAUUUGCACAGCUGGAAUUACAGAAGGAUUUCUGCAGUACAACUAUUGAAAUGGAUUUAUUUCUCUAUUUUUAGAGAGGCUCUUAACAUUACCUUUCACUUACAAAAAUUAUUUUAUAUAUAUUCCAAAAUUCUUUUUCCCUAAAAUUAUUAUUUAGUAAACAUUUUCAUAAUUUUUACUAUAACUACAUUUAUGGACAAAGACAAUUUAAUUCACCAAAAAUUUAAUUGUGUACUUACAAUGUAUACAUAUUAUGUUAAUUACUGGAGAUAUGGACCAUUUUUUUUAAGGACAAAAGACAUGUAGAAAAAUAACAUAAAUCAUAGGAAAAUGAGAGGUACAAGAAGUCCAGGCAAAACUCUGUUCAGUGUAUGUUUUUGUAAUGUCAUCUUUUAUUUUUUGGAAAAUAUAGUAAGUAACAAGUGUUGUAUUUUUCUAGAGCGACAGAGGUGUGCCCUUUGGAUUAAAAAACUAUGUGAACCUUCAGGAGCAGGCACAGGGAUAAUGGGUAGGAAGAAUCGGAAUCUGUAUGCAAAACUAUUAAUACAUAUGCUUAAACGAGGAAUUUUAGAAGGUCCUUUUACAUAUCGACCUGAUCCAGGGACAUUGAAAACUUUGCCGUCUUACAUGUCUAUCUAUUUUGAUGAGCCAAAUUUAGCAAGAGGAAAAUGUUCAAAUCCAGAGAGAUUACCAGACUGGGUAAAGACUGAAUUGAGGCCAAGUGAAUGUCAAUUAGGUGAAUCAUGGAGACUUUCAUCUGAUGAAGAUGCUUCAUUUAUGCAAUCACCAACAGUUGCACAAAGCAGUAAACAGCGAUAUACUGGGCAGCUGCGAAUGAGAUCACAUUCUGUGAGUCCAGUACACAGAUCAGAGGAAGAAAAUCUUGCCACACAUAUUUCUAAGAAUUAUUCCAAAAAACCUUUAGUAUCUAUGGAUGACAGUGAACUUGAAGCUCGUCUUAAUAGUUGGAACCUUGGGAUAGAAAAUCCAAGGUAUCUUCGAGAGAAGCCCAUUCCAGUGUCUUUGCAGAUGAGUUCCAAAUCAAGCCUGGGAAAAGGCAGCAGUCUCCGAGAUGAACAGUUACUCCAUCUAAUGCAUGAAAAAGAGUUGGAGAUGAAAACAAAAAUAUUAGAAGGUAAAUUUCAUGAGGAGAAGCUUAAAUUACAACAGAAGCAUGAUGCUGAUGUUCAGAAGAUUUUAGAAAGAAAGAACAAUGAAAUAGAAGAAUUGAAAACUUUAUAUAAAACUAAACAAAAUGAGACUGAAGAUACAAUUAGAAACCUCGAGAAAAAAGUCCAGACUCUUAUUCGUGACUCUCAAGUGAUUAGAGAGACUAAAGAAAAUCAGAUUGUAGAGUUAAAAAAGUUAUGUGAACAAAGCACAGAAUGCUUGAACAAUGAUUGGGAGAAAAAGUUAACUGUGAGCCACUUAAGAUUUUUGGGGGAAUUUCCUUUUAUCCAAUUUAUCCCCACAUGUGAUUUUAUAGGUGCAAUUUUAUUUAAGAAGCUUCACAAUGUGGUUGCAGAGAUGGAAAGAGAAAAAUUUGAUCUUCAAAAGAAACAUACAGAAAAUAUUCAAGAACUGCUUGAGGACACAAAUGUACGCCUUAGUAAAAUGGAGGAGGAGUACAUGGCACAAACAAAAGCCACGAACCUAAUGGUAAAAGAAUUGGAGGCUCGUGUCCAACAGCUCACUGGAGAAGCUGAAAAUAGCAAUUCACAGUGGCAAAAAUUAAGUCAGGAAAAAACUGAAUUGGAAAAAUGCUACCAGAUGAAAUGCUGUGAACUGCAAGAAAUGAAAGCAAGGAACAACUCACUUCAUAAAGAAAAGGAUGAUAUUGCACAAGAUUAUGAACAAAGUAUAAAACUAUUACAAGCCAGGUGUGAUUCAAAUAUCCAGCUUAUGAAAGAAGAAUAUGCUGUGUCUUCUGCUAAGGCAUCUGAAAUGACUGAGAAGUUGGAAAAUAAUAUAUGUCAAUUAAAACAACAGCUACAAAAAUUGGAACAUCAAAGACAGCAACAACUAAGGGAGCAAGAAAAUGAAUUCCAGCAGGAAAAAUUUCAACUAGAUCUCAAUUAUGAAAAAAAGGUUCAAGGCUUCCAGAUUGAACUUGAUAAAGAGAAAGGAGAUUCUCAGAAGAAAAUUCGUAAAUUGGAGGAGGCUUUGAGGGAAAAAGAGGAACAGCUGACUCGGGUAACAGAGAUACAAAGGCUACAAGCCCAACAGGCUGAUGCUGCCCUUGAGGAAUUUAAGCGGCAGGUCGAGCUAAACUCUGAGAAAGUCUAUGCUGAAAUGAAACAACAGAUGGAAAAAGUGGAGACAGAUUUAACUAGAUCCAAAUCUCUUCGUGAGAAACAAGCUAAAGAGUUUUUAUGGCAGUUAGAAGAUAUCAAGAAAAGAUAUGAACAGCAGAUAGUAGAGCUGAAACGGGAGCAUGAACAGGAGAAGACGCACCUAUUCCAGCAGCAUAAUACAGAGAAGGACUGCCUAGUCCGAGAUCAUGAACGGGAAAUUGAAAAACUGGAAAAACAGCUCCGCGCUGCCAAUAUGGAGCAUGAAAAUAAAAUUCAAGAGUUGAAGAAACGAGAUGCACAGGUUAUUUCUGAUAUGGAGGCUCAAGUUCACAAAUUGAGAGAAGAGUUGAUUCAAGUAAACUCUCAAAGGAAACAGCAGCUUGUAGAGCUUGGACUUCUUCGGGAAGAAGAAAAACAACGAACUGCUAGAGACCAUGAGACCAUUGUGAACAAAUUGAAAGCUGACUCAGAAAAAAUGAAGUUAGAAUUGAAAAUGACACAUGCAGCUGAAACAGAGUUAACACUGGAAAAGGCCAAUAGCAGGUUGAAGCAGAUUGAGAAGGAAUAUAGUCAGAAGUUUGCCAAAUCCUCACAGAUCAUAGCUGAACUUCAGACAACAAUUACCUCUUUGAAGGAAGAGAGCAGCCGCCAGCAAAUGGCAGCUGAAAGGCGACUCCAAGAAGUGAUAAAGAAGUUUGAAGAGGAAAAGAAGCAGUUGAUUAGGGAUAAUGACAGAACAAUCAAGGCUUUACAAGAUGAGCUGGAAAGCCGAAGCAUUCAGAUACGUUCUACCGAGAAAAAGCUACAGCACCGGGAGAUGGAAUCCCAGGAACAGCUAACAUAUAUACGGCAAGAAUAUGAAACAAAACUCAAAGGUCUGAUGCCAGCAUCUCUAAGACAAGAGCUUGAAGACACCAUCUGCUCAUUAAAAUCCCAGGUUAACUUUUUGCAAAAAAGGGCAUCCAUACUUCAAGAGGAAUUGUCAGCAUACCAAAACAGAAGAUAACUGAAGGAGAAAAUAUAGUUGCUGCAGUUGCUCAGUUCUCCUAAUGGACUUCUUUCAGCAGGUUUGAAGAUUUGGAUAUUGUAAAUUAAUCUGAGAUCAAUGAAUAAUUUUAUGAGUAAAAAGAAUGUAACUGAUCAUAAAAUGACAUUCAUCAUACACAUUAUGAAUUUUUUGUCUUUUUUGUGUUUACCUGAAUAAUUUUUUUUCAUUUUCUUAUUUCUGAUUGUCAUAUUUCACUUGUAUGUUGAGUGUGUGCUAAAUAUUACUUAUACUGAAAAGCAAAAGUAUUUCUAGUUCUAUAUCUCAUUAUUGCUUUCUAGAGUUUUACUUACUACGUAUAAGAAAAAUCAUGUUCAUAUUACUUGUUCUCAAUUUUUAAGCAUUUCUACAUUGUUUUCAUGUUCAUGUAAUAUUAAAAUAUCCCUUUGUACCUUUCCAAUAUUAUUUUUACUUUUUUGUAUAUGUCAUUUACUAGCAUCUUGGUUCUAUGGUAUUUAUCCCUGGGGGGAGGAGGGGGGACUAAAAGCCUAUACUAUACCAGGAAAAUAACUUUUUCUUUAGAUAAGAACAAAACUAUAGGUAUUGCUUAAAACCGAGAUUUUAGAAUCUCUUGAUGACAGCUAAGGUCCCAUACACAAAUUUAUAGAAGUAGAAAAAGAAUGCU